ACAUCUGCGAGCAGAAGCCUCAGUGGGAUGCGCCCACUUGCUCUCUGUCUGUUCCGCUUCAGGGGGCGGGGAGGGGGCAUAACGCAGAGCCCAGCCCGUCAGCCCCUCUCUCCUCCUCCAUCGCUCAGUUCCUCAUAAACACACCGAUCGCUCGAGCCGCCAGCCCAGCUCAGUUAGUCCUACGGCGGAGAGAGGGCUGGCACUCUAGUUUUGCAGUCAUGGCUUUGGCAGACACCACACGUGGAUUAUCGAACGGCUCCACUUUCCCCGAGAUCAUCGAGCUGAAUGUCGGCGGACAGGUGUACGUGACCCGACACGCCACGCUGAUCUCCGUGCCGGACUCUCUGCUCUGGACCAUGUUCAGCCAGAAAAAGCCAAAGGAGCUGGCCAGGGAUAGCAAAGGACGCUACUUUCUGGACCGGGACGGCUUCCUGUUCCGCUACAUUUUGGACUACCUGCGCGAUCUCAACCUGGUGCUGCCCGACUACUUCCCGGAGAAGUCGCGGCUCCAGCGAGAAGCGGAGUUUUUCCAGCUGCGCGAUCUCUCGCAGCGACUGAGCCCCAAAGUGAGCAAAGAAAACUCCAUCAGCGAAGAGAUCUGCCAGAGCGAUCCCGAAGAGCUGACCUCCGUAGCCGGAGCGGGGGGCUCCACGAACAGCCUGGAGCCAUCCCGAUUCGCAGCCCCCGUCGGAGGCGCCAACGCCCGCUCGCCCUCGCUGGAGUCGCGCAAGUCGGGCUACAUUACCGUGGGCUAUAGGGGCUCGUACACGAUCGGCAGGGACGCACAAGCGGAUGCCAAGUUCCGGAGGGUCGCCCGGAUCACCGUGUGUGGCAAGACUUCCUUGGCCAAAGAGGUUUUUGGAGACACUCUGAAUGAGAGCAGGGACCCCGACCGGCCCCCAGAGAGGUACACCUCCCGGUACUACCUCGAGUAUAAUUUGUUGGAGCAGGCGUUCGAUAGGCUCUCCGAGUCGGGUUUCCACAUGGUGGCAUGCAACUCCACGGGGACUUGCGCGUAUGCCAGCAAUGAUCCCAAUGAGGACAAGAUCUGGACCAGCUACACAGAAUAUGUGUUCAGUAGGGACUGACAUUUCAAAGACUCCACUUUAACGUGUAGUAUGAAACCCAAAGACAGAGACAGAUGAUGGGGGACAGUCCCUAGACUUCAUCGUGUCCGUUGCUUUCUGCCAUUACUAUUUUCUAGCAGUCUAGGAACUUUGCCAGGUCUUGUUUUUAUUUUUCUAUAGUUUCUCCAGGGUGUAGGGUAGUGCCGAAACAGUCUUCUUUCUUUUUUCUUUCUUCUUCUUUUUUUAACUGCAAAGAAGUAACCUCAAAUUGUGUAAUGAAAUUGUGCCAUUUUUUUAACGAGUUUAGCCUGGCUUAUUACUUAACUUCUCUAGCGUGGCCAUUUCUUUGUAUUGCUAUUCUAACUGAUGCCAUAGUAAAGAAGAUGCUUUUCUAAUGUGUAUCUUACUUACAGUCCGUCUCAUGGGUGAUGAAUUGCUAGUAAAGAAUACUUGUUCAAUGUGUAA